GACAGAGUGCAACAGGAACCUUUGACAGAUGCUAGCGUGAGAACAGGAGAUAAAAGAAGAAAAAGCUCAGAAUUUGGAGCAAAGUUUUUUAAUAUCUCUCUAUUUUUGAUUGUUUUACUUAAAGACUCUCUCGCAGAUACACCAGACAGUGAAGGCAGUCCGGCCCAGACCAGCAGAGGGACCCUGCACCCUUUCAAGUCAGGCGACUGGUUGCUGGUGAAAGAUAUCAGAAGGAAACACUCGAAGGCAAAACGCUGGUUGGGCCCAUUCCAAGUCCUACUAACCACUCAGACAGCAGUGAAGGUCGCGGCAAGUGGAUCCACGUCAUUGUAAGCUCUUCACAGGGGGAAUCGCCUGUGACACAGAAAGAACAACCAGACAAAACACACGGGGCAGAAUAAUCCCCGCACCUCAUCCAGGCAGUAGGCAGUCUACCCUCUACCUGCAACGAUGUGCCGAACCGAGAAGCAGCUCAUUGUCAGGGUAGCCCUUGUGCUCUUCACAGGGCUGAUGGUUGCCUUGUGGUCGAGCAUCUGGGGAGACCUGCAGCUGAACACCAUGCCAAGCCCCAGGGAUGUCUGUACAAUAGGAGGAACUGCCAACGAGCAGAGAGACAAAUGUCUGACUAAGUAUGGCGGACACCUUGAACUACACUAUCUAUAUUCAACCACUCAAGCUUUCAGUUUUGAUUUGUGUAAUGUGAUAAAUUGCAAGGGAAAGGGUGACAGUUGGAGAGGGUCUGAUGUGUAUUUGUGUAGGCUACCAAGGGGACGGCCCGAACCUGGAGACCGAAGCUGGUGCGGUAGCUGGGACGAUGUGUGGUCUCACUCGCAACCAAGUUAUUGGGGCCCAAACGAGGUACGUAAUCUGAAGGAGACUGCAGCGCUUUUCUCGUUAAAGAGAGGCCGAGUUGGGACUGGGACCAGAUCCAACCCCUUGUUAUUGACCAUAAAUGGUCUGAAACAAAAUCCCUGGUCUAUCGCAUAUUCACAACGAUGUUAUGAUCCAUCUGAAGACUCAUUUUACAUGAUUAUCGGAGUAGACCAGGCAGGCACAGAUAGCAUGGGGAUAAUUAAGGUAGUUCUUUACUCUAAGGCGGGAACUGUCGGUUGGUGGUUACAUUCAGGUCAAUGCACUACAGCACCACAAAGGCUGGGGGUGAAUGUCACAGAUUUGGCCUACGAGACCUCCAGAGACCCAUUUGUGAGGUAUGUAAACAUAUCCUCACCAGAGGACGUGAUACAGGUAGAAACAGGGUACAUAGAUAAAAACACCUGGCUGGAUUGGAUAACAUACACAGCCAGUACAAACAACAUGACAGAGUGUGUGGCCUGCUCUACAGCGCGCCCCACACUGUUCACUGAGGCUGCCCCUUUAUUGUUCAGGGAGGACAGGCUGGGAUUUGACUGCAUGUUACAGCUCCACAUGAAGGGGGGGGUGGGUCAUGACUGCCAAAUUUUAAGUGCACUUUUCCCAGUUGUCACGAAGGGUGUCACUCCUCUGUUUUCCCCCAAGGGCCGGAAAUUACACCUGUUUAACCAGGGUAAGUGUUACCCCUAUAGGAAACCCAGACGCUGCAUGGUGCACUGAGGUAAUAGAUGUCACUGAAUGGGCAAAUAUGAGCAGCAUUAAUGUUGCUCAUGCUGACCUCUUCUGGUGGUGUGGAGACAAGACCCUGAGAGACACUCUGCCCAGUGGUUGGUCAGGAACUUGUACUAUUGUGAGAUUAACACUCCCUAUAGCAGGGGUGGGCAA